GUUGAGAAAUAACGUGACCGUUGUCAAACUCAAACGCUUUAGUGGCAACAUUCAUAGUUAUGGCCGUCAGUCAGUUGGAGUGGUUGGAAUGGAGGCAAGUGAUUGUUGCCGAAUUUGUGUGUUGAAAAUUUCAAGUUUCAUUUAAAAUCGUGAUAUUGUGUGAAUUGGAUAAAAUUUAAAACAAUUUGUGUGAGUCAGUGAAUCGUAUAGUGACUAAAUUUUUCGUGAAUUUGCCCAAAGAAUGUUGGUUGUGUCCUCAAAGUAAUAGGAUCGGAGUGAUCGUUUAUAUUAUUGGAUUACGGUUUCCAGUUUAUACAGCUAAUAGAGUGGCCAGAUUAAAGUGUAAAGUGCAUCGAUGAGACGCCGCUAGUGCCGGCAGGAGAGCGGCUGCCGCCGUGGUUUACUUACUUAGGGGCGGUGUGUGAGUGUCGCACCGCCAUGUCGCAUCACAGCGACGAGCAGGCGUUGCUGACAGUGACGUCAGACUCGUUCUGGGAGCCCGGCAACUACAAGCGCACCACCCGCCGCAUUGACGACGGCCACCGGCUGUGCAGUGAACUACAAGCCCUAGUGCAAGAAAGGGCUGACAUAGAAAAAACAUAUGCCAAAAGCCUCAGAGGCUGGGCGAAGAAAUGGAACGACCUUAUAGAGAAAGGACCAGAAUAUGGCACAAUGGAGGCAGCGUGGAAAGGCGGCAUGGUGGAAGCAGAACGACUAUCAGAUUUACACUUAAGCGUACGAGAUCGUCUCGUUAACGACGUAAUCGCUCAGAUCAAAAACUGGCAGAAGGAUACCUAUCAUAAGUCAAUGAUCCAAUUAAAAGAGCGCAAGGAAAUGGAUGAAGCAUUCAAGAAAGCGCAGAAGCCCUGGGCCAAGUUCCUGCAGAAGGUGGAGAGGACGAGGCUGGAGUACCACACGGCGUGCAAGCAGGAGCGGACCGCGCAAAACCAGGAACGAAACGCUAGCGGGGAUAGCUCUUUAAGUCCAGACCAGAUAAAGAAAAUGGCGGAACGAGUAUCGAAAUGCCGUGAAGACGUCGCCAAGAGCCGCGACAAGUACCAGGCAGCUUUAGCAGAAAUUACGUCAUAUAACCCUCGUUACAUUGAGGACAUGACGGGGGUGUUCGAUCGUUGCCAACAGAUGGAGGCACAGAGGCUGACGUUCUUCAAGGACGUGCUGUUCAGCUUCCACAAGUGUCUCGACAUUAGCAAGGAACCCACAUUACCACAAAUAUACGAAGAAUUCCACCACACGAUAAACAACGCCGACCACCAGAAGGACCUGAAGUGGUGGGCCAACAACCACGGCGUCAACAUGGCCAUGGCGUGGCCGCAGUUCGAGGAAUACACGGAGGAGUUCCGGGACAUCGCGAAGGGCAAGUCCAAGGAGAGCCUGCCCACCGGGCCCAUCACGCUGCUCAACCAGCGCCCCGUCAGCGAAGACGAACUCCCGCCAAUCACAGCAAAUAACAAAUCAGGGAAGACGGCCAACAACCACGCGGAACCACAGACGAACAACACGACCAUAAUGCAUAACAACACGAGCGCGAAUAACACCAUAGACAAGAAAACGAUCAGUGCACCCAUCGCUGUCACAAAUGGGACAGCAUCGGCCCCUAAAUCAGCAAAAACCUCCCCAGCGAAAGACAGCAUGACUGGCAGCGGUAAAGACAACCCCUUCGAGGAAGAGGAGUGGGAUGAGGAGUCCGGUGGAGCCCUAACGGAUACCGGGGAGCCCGGCGUGCCGGUACGCGCGCUAUACGACUAUACUGGCGCGGAGAGUGAUGAGCUUAGCUUUCGACAAGGCGACCUAUUCGAGAAACUAGAGGAUGAGGACGAGCAAGGCUGGUGCAAAGGGCGUAAAGACGGCCGCGUUGGACUAUAUCCCGCUAACUACGUGGAGCCUGUGGGCCACUAGCGCAGUCCUACACACUAGCGCAGAUCUACACAUUGACGCAACCGCACACUCUAGUGCAGUUUUACACUUGCGCAACUCCACACACUAGCGAAGCAUUACUUGCGCAACCCCACACACUAGUACAGCCCCACACACUAGCGCAAAAUUACACUACACACCAGUCACUGCGUAGCACCUGAUAACAUGUGGACUAACUCGCGGCGAGUGAAUUCAUACGUGCAUUAGCGAGAUACUAGGCGUCCAAAGGCAUUGCGCGAAAUUAUAAUAGUAAGAAAGUAUAGUAAAGCUCGUGUAGUAUGUCAGACUCUCCACACGCGCGUAUAUCGGGCUUCUUUCGCGCGAGUCGAAAUACUUGAGUACUGGAGUCUAGUACUGGAGUUUGUACUAGAGUCGUGAGUUGCGUCCAGUUUAUGCGCGAUCUUCACAGCAAGUUCACAUAUCAAGGAGAAACAGAGUGGCAUGAAUGCUCGCGCGUUGCUCGCUCCCUUUGGACGCAACCUACGUGUGAAUCGAUUCGCGACCAAUUCGCCUCUCUUGAACAAGGUCUUAGUAGCACGCGGCAAGAGUUAGCUACUGUCCCUAGCGAGUGGGUGUUGACUGUUGAAUGACCACUGUGUAUCAUGUGAACUAUUGAGCCAAUGUUACUGAUGAACUGUGUCUGCACUUUAACAGACGACAAAGAAUCGUCUGACGCAAAUUUUUGCUUUAGCCCAGAAUCGAACGGCUUGCCGUGUUUUUUCUAAAAUGUUUCGAAGUCAUUUAAACUUUUGACUCCAAUGAAUAAGGUACAGAUUUGUAUGGAACAAGUUGCACGCUUUCUUUAUCAUUUUCGUUCACAUAUACAUUGAAAAGUGGACGUACAGUUAAGUUUAACAUUCAAACAUUUUAGACAAGCCACUUCGCUGCAUUUCUGCCUGUCUUGAGCCUUAUUUGUAUCAGUAGCAUUGGUCCAAUUCUAUCUUAUGUUAUUCCAAAGUGACUUGAAACUUAACGCUGAAGAAUAGAAUGUAUAUUAAAUUGAGAAAAAUGUGUAUUUUUAAUUUUUACGUCAAAUUAUUAUGUGAAGUCACACAAGUCAUAUUUUAAGUACAUUUAUUAAUUACAACAGGAAUUUUUGAAUUUUGAAAAAUUGUAUUUAUAAAUAAAAUUCCCGCUUGACACUUUUAGUUGUACAUUAAUUAUUUAAGCCAUUAUUUAAUUGCCAUCUCGAUAAAUUUUAAAAUAGUUUUUAAAUAUGAAAAAAAUUAAUGUAAAAAAAACUGUUCUUUAUGUAAAAAAAAGUUUUACGAAAUAUUACAUUACAGAGUAGUUGAAUAUUUAUUCACUGAGAUGGUAAACUGGUAUACAAUAUAAAUCUCUCGCAGACUACAGACUAAACGGUCGAACGACAAAUUUGUCGUAUCGGGAUGAAUUAGCGCUCAUUUAUUGGUGGAAAUCCACUUUUCUAAUUUCUUUUGCCCGAUUUUAAAUCGUAUUUUAAUGACUUGGAUAAUUUCUUUCGAUGAAUAUAAUCUCUAGAACUUUCAUGGUCUUACCACAAAAACUUCAACAUGGUUUAAAUUAACGUUAUCUAACGUAUGGUUUAAAUUAACGUUAACUUAACUUAAAGUGCGUUUUUAUGGGCUUAACGGGUUCAAAGUUUGUUUAAACAGCUUCUGCAGUUUUAGCGGUUUUUUUGCUUUGUUUAUCAAACUCAAAAAUCGUCCUGAAAGUCUUUAAAAGUCGACCGAUGAGUCUGUAGUGUAUAGGAGUCUUACAAUUUAAAAAAAUCUUUAGAAUUUUUACGCUUCAGACUUAUGUUUUAAAAUGGGUUUAUCUGUAUACAAUAUGAAAGUAGGUGUUAAAUUAGUUUAAAAAAAAUAGUACAGUUUUUAAAAUGUCGCGAUGCGGAGCUACGUCGUGUCGGUCGUAAGCUUUAAACGGUCUUAUGAAUAUAUUCGAGUUCAUUCUUCAUUAGAAUUCUUUAGGGCUACUAUUGUUCAAGGCAUAUUGUGAGAGCGUAUUGACGCGUCUGUUCUAAAAUAUUCAAAGUAAAUUGAACUUUAUCUCGAGGUCGUAAUGUACAAAUUUCUGUGAAGCAAAAUAGAAAUGAGGCGCUGACUGAGUGUACACUGUAUUUUGUUCACAAAAAUGUGUGAGUACGUCCAGAUAAUUUCACUUGAAACCUUUAGAAAAGUGUGCCUUGAACUUGUAUAAGUUUUGCAAACGUCAUCUUGGAGAGUCCCAAGUACGCGUGAAAUGAAUGCAUCGGUGACGUCUUUAAGACUUUUUAAGGAGUGUUGAUAUCAUAGAUAGAAUAUGUUACGAGUGAUGAGUUUGUAAAGAGAGCCCAACGUAAAUCUUUGUCAGUUUUCCGGCGGUUACUUUCAGAACUACAUUUUCUCUAAGAAUAAAGUUUUAAGAUAGCAAAACGUUUGCAAAACUAAGUAGCCCAUUAUCCCCCGAUUGUGUAAGAAAAACGAAUUCAUCGUAUUUGUAAUCGGUAGCAAAUUCUGCUCCUUGAUUGGCUGUGUAAUAAUGUAAACAGUGAAUUCAACCAAUCAAAGGGCAGAAUUUACUGUCGAUUACGAUUACGAUAGAUACGUUUUCCGUACACAAUCGGAGGCCAGGUUUCGAUCAUCGCAGCUCACGAGGUUUUUGACGCUUUUUAAAUCUCCUGACGUACAUGAGUUUCGCGGCCCAACUUUUUACACUUUUUUAGAAAUCGAUAAGUGGUUUGGCACUCCGUGGGGAUUGGGUAUUUUUGGAGAAUAUUUGUACAAUGUGGAAACCAAAAAAUUGACUUCUAGUGACGUUUACUGACUUAGGUUAUAAUUUGCGCAACGACCGACUUAGUGUUGACGUGACGGACGGAACCACAAAAGUUCGACACUACACAACACCCAUGAAAAUUCAACACUACACACCACCUACAAAAAUUUGACACUACACAACACAAAAGGCUCCUACAUACUCUGAGAAAUUAUUUAUAAAGAUAAGAGAUGUCAUUCAUUAGGUUAACACGUCCUACAAUAUAUUUUUAUCUGAAACAUCUCUACAAGCAAGUUUCAUCUUAUAACAAGACAAGAUGAUAAGACUCGAAAUAAAGAUCAUUCGACCCUAGAUUCAUAAUAGUGCGAGUAAAGAAAUGUAAGCAGACGACUGCAAUUUGUUAUGCUUUCUGGGGGAUAACAGCUAACUUUAGGCGAUGAAAAGCAAUUUUACGACUUAUUUCGUUUAUCCACCCUAAUACAGCCACCGUAGGGUUUAUGCUCGUAAACGUUCAUACACCUACCCCAGACUAAAAAAUAAUAUUCAAAUUUAUUUAGCGGGGGUGGAUAAAUGGACAAAUUAUUCCAAGUAUACACACUAAGGCAGCUGUUUUAGGGUGGAUAAACGGAAUAAACCAAUUAAUUUUUACGGGGCGUAUUAAAAAUGUCUUAUAUUCCAUUUCGAAAAUCAUCGGUAUACUGUAGUAAUCGUAACUUUUAUGAUAUUUUGUGGUUUUGUCCUUCACCAUGGUAGGUACAGCGUGGAUAGUGGAAUAAUUACUACCUUUAAAACCUAGCUAAGCCAAAAACAGAACGCCGGGAACCGAACACAACCGCCACAAAACAAAUCACUUCUCAUCACGCUCUACCAACAAUGUCGGAUCUAGAAAUUCAUACAGACCCCGGCAGGAAAUAUUCCACAUCAAACUUUAGAAAGAGAUAACGGUUUCGUACAGUGUUGUCUCUGUCGUUGACACCGACGAAACGUCAUAUAUGUAUUAGUGACAGAGACGACGCUCUAUGAAGGAAAAAUCUCUUUCUAAAGUUCGAUGUGUGAUUAUGUACUACCGGUACAUGUACAAUAAAAAUGUUAUCCUAAAGUAUUAGGGUUAUGGAAUUUGCAAUUAGUGUAACAAUUGUAAUUUCAAAUUACAUAUCUUUUUAGGAUAGCGUUUUUAUAGUACUUUUUAAUGUAAGUUACGGAUUGGCUGAUCUGGCAUUGUUGAUAGGGCGCGGCGAUUUGUGAUAUGUCGAUAUAGUUGGUUGUAAGAUUUCGAGCGUUUGAAUGUACAUACACGGUUAUAUAUUCGUCGUGCAUAUAGUAUAUUUAUUUCCCAUUGUAUAUAAUGUAUAAUUAUAUCGCUGUAAUGUGACCGAUGGGCGACGCGAACAUUAAAAUGGCCUAAUAUCACCAUUCCUCUUUAUAUGAUGAAAGGUGCUUGGUUUUAAAAGCCUUCAUUUCUCCUAUGCUUUCGGUCGCGCGUAUUACAAGACGUAUUUCCACUGCUACUGCAAAAUAUACACAUAUAUUGUGUUGUGGGGUGUUGUGUGCCAUUUUAUAUGAAGACGCUAGUCUAUUGUUGCGUUCUGAUGAGUCUAGCUCGAGGCGCGCUCGAAAUUGUUGGUCCCUGCGCCAGACUACUUUGCAACACACGACAACACAGGUAGUCUGUCUGCACCUUUAUGUCGUACGCGCGACCGACACUAGUGUUAAGAGGAAUUCAGCUCUAAUCUUUGAAAGGUUGGCGUCGUCCCAUCGUCUUAGGUUAAAUAAUAACGAUUAAUAUAUUAUAAAGAUAUUUUACCUUUUUUUUCAUUUUGUACCUCGUUUUGAACUUUGAACAUUGUUGUAUCGUAAUAGUACGGAUUCGGUAGGAGGCUGAUAUGUUUAUCUUUGACUCGUGGAUGUAGAUUAGUCGUAGCGCUACUUUUGUUUUGUUAUGGGUUUCGAGAGACCUCUGUGAAAUUCUUUGUAUUAUAUUAUUAUUAUCAUCAGAGGGUGGUUGCGGACCACAUAUGUUAAUAUAUUAUUAAUAUUGGUAAAAUAAAAUUGUUACAUAUGA